AGACUCGAGCAGUCGAAACGAACGGACUUAAAAUUAAAUCGAAUCAACGAGUUGACAAAUUAACGAAUUUAUCAAAAUGAAUUGCCUAUCCGCAAUGUUCAAGUACCUUCUGUACAUCCUCAAUAUAAUCUUUGUCGCCGGUGGCAUACUGAUGAUUGUGGUCGGUUCCAUCAUGGUGUCCAGCAUUGGCACCUUUGGAUCGUUCAGUGAUUCUGUCAAUGCUCAGACGAUUCCCAUUUCCAUCAUUGUCAUUGGCUGCGUCAUUUUCCUAGUCUCCUUCUUCGGCUGCUGUGGCACCAUUCGCGAGAAUGCCUGUUGCACGACAAUUUAUGCCAUUUGUAUGUUCAUUCUCUUCGCUCUGCAAUUGGCUCUGUCCAUUUGGAUCUUUGUGGAGAAUGAGAACUUCUUGAACACCAUGAAUGAUCUGGUUGAUAAGGCUUGGUCGGAAAACGAUUCCGCCAAUGGAUAUCCCAUGGAUGCCCUGCAGCUAUCCUUCCAAUGCUGUGGCAAGGAUAGCUACACAGACUGGGGAACGUCUGUUCCCGCCUCUUGCUGUGGCUAUACCGAUCGCUCUCGUACCUGUGAAGCAGCUAUUUACACAACACGUCCACCAUGCAUUUCGAAAUUCAAUGAUUUCUGGUCUUCCAACACGGAUCUCAUUCGCUGGAGCAGUCUGAUCAUUGCGCUCUUCGAGUUGGCCAUCUUUAUCAUUGCCUGCUGCUUGGCCAGCGCCAUGAGGAAGCAGCGUUAAGCCAAGAAGAUGCUUUUCAUCAUUCACAGAUCACCAAAGAAAAUGUUCAUCAAAGCCAUACAGAAUCAAUAAACAAAUAGUUUUAAUACUUAUAAAGUAACAGUAUAAA